AACUUUUGGCCAGACAAAAAGGGAACCCCAAUGAACAUUGAAUUUUACAUUUCUCCCUACCAAGUUUUGGAAGCAGAACUAAAUCAUGGUUCCCAGGUAUGUGGAACAAAAACAGUUGUAACUGUUGAAGGCACAGAUACGCUCCACAAACUGCCUCUUUCUCCAUUAAUUAUAGAACCUCAAGCUGGAGAGGAUAGCAACCCUUCGUUUUUGCAACUGACUGAUGAACUCAGCAUGGAUUUGCCAGCUCAUUUUGUUCUGAAGUUUCAUCAGCCUGUUCCAAUGUCUUCAUCCAGUAUUGAAGAGAUACAGAAGCUCACAGGAAUUCGUAUUUCUGGCUUGAAACUAGCUCCACUGUAUGAGCUAAUUGUUCAGUCUACUCUUAAAGAAAAAUGCAGUGAAGACUUGUCUAUAAAUAAAUCUUGUUUCUUUGUGAUGAUUCAGAAUUGCUUUACUUUGAAGUGGUACCGUACAAGAACACCAGCUUUUCUGUUUUUUUCCUUCAUCCUGUGAAAAAGAAUUUAGCAUGUGUGGUAAUUGAUGUUACAACCUCUAGAGAAGUCCAAUGUCACCUUCAUUUAAAUCCUCAAGAUCCAACUCUAAAUUCUACUGAUGACUUCAUAGCAAGAGCUGUGAAACGUUGCAUGUCAAUCCCAGUUGUCAUGAGAGCUGUUUUCAGGAAUGCUGCCAAGGUGAAAGCUGACCAUGAAACUCAUGACACGGACACAGAAAAACAACCUGGACUACAAUCAGAGCAAACUACAGAUUCUAACAGUCUCAAAGAAAGCCUUUCUGGGGCUGAUCAGCAAGACUGGGUAGUGACAGAUAAGCCAAAUAAUACAGACAGUACAGAAGAAAUUCUCUUUACAGCCAAACUGGAAACUCUGGGUAAUAACAUGGGGAAAAAGUAACCCCUCACUAUGCACUGAAACUUUGUGGAGGGAAGUAAUUCCAUAGCUAGUACAGAAGCUAAUGUAAUAGAAAAAAAACCUGAUGGUUUUAUAAACAAAAAUAAAGCCUACUUAGUAAUUUGUGAAUGGUAUCUCCUCUUUGCAAACUUCCAAAUAUGGGAAAGUAGUUCCCUUUAAUCUGCAUUUUUAGACAUCCAAAUCUGUAAAGUCUAACACUGUUCUAUUAACCUUUAUUUUGUCUUGUUACUGAAAACCUCAAAAAUCAUCACGGUAAAUAAGAUUACCUCUAGCAUUGUCUUUUUUAUUGUUAGAAGGUAACCAUUACUUUAUUCUUGGUCAAGAGAUAUCUGUGGCUGACAAAGUUCCAGCCUCAAUGCUGACUGCUAUACAAAAAUUUUCGCUUAUUUAUGCAUUUUUUGCAAACAAAGACAUUAAUGUUCAUUGGUUUAAUUUACAUAAUGUUCAUUGGUUUAAUUUACAUAAUUAUCUUCAUUAAUUAGUAUUCUACCCUCUAUUAGUUAUUGAUUUCUUUCUCUUUAUGCUAAUCUGGUCCACAUCUUUUAUUCCUUCAUAUUUUUCUCCAACUUUCCAGGCCUUAAUCUCCACUACAUCUUCUGGUUACUCUAAUGUCCUUGAAUGGCCAUAAAUUUAAUAUCCCAGAUGCCCAAUUGUCAAAUUCCUUUGGCUUUGUUAAUUGAAGAUUGUCAGGCUUAGUUUUAAAAAACUUAAGGUUUCAGUGAUUUAAUGAUCAAAGUAAGUCUGUGAAGAAACUUAACUGGUGUUGGCAAAAAGUGAGCACUGCUUAGUUAAAACAACUACUUAAAAAUUAGUUAGGGAAGUUAUAUAUAUAUAUUCCAACAUUGUCUGCACCAUAUUCUACCAGAACAUGGAAGAAAUCUGUGUUUAGCAUACAGGAUACAGUCUAUAACACAAGACAGGCAUUUGAAGAAAAGCAAUGUUUAUCCAUGUCAGUAUUAUGCUAAAUAAAUUGAGAAAAAG